UUCGUUGACCGCCGAGAAAAAUGGCAGGAAACAUUCAACUUUCACCAUCGGAGCGUUUUGCGAAAUUCAUAAAAGUUAUUAAACUUUUUGCCGGAUUUUGUGGGGUAAAUUCCUUGGAAAGAGACUAUCGGGUGACCUGGGUAACCUGGUUGGUUAUAUGCGUAGUUACAUCGUUUUUCGUUUGCACCUUCUAUACCAUUUAUGUGGGCAUGGCCAUUCAAAAUAACUACUCAAUACUUCUGCAAUCUUUGUGCAUUACAGGAACUGGAGUACAGGGGUAUACCAAGCUCUUGAAUGCAAUUUUUUGUGGAAAACAUCUUCGGUUUGCCUUUGAGGAACUCACCGCCAUAUACGAGGAAUAUGAAUGUAAGCGUCUGGAAUACAGAGAUAACUUGAAGGAGAAUCUUGAAAUGGUAAAACGUCUGAUCUAUGGCCUGCUGCUGAUCAACUUCAUUUUGAUAGCGGCCUUGUUUGCGGUGCCAUUGUUCUAUUACUAUGUUCGCAAGGAGAAAAUCGACGUUAUACCGCUCAUGAUACCGGGUAUAAAUCCGAGUAAUAACCGUAUCGAAAAUUACAUAUAUCAGUUUUAUCACAUCUGCUGUGUCAUUUUUUCCACGUUUGGCAAUUUCGCCUCGGACACAUUUAUGAUUCUAAUCGUUGUCCAUGUGCCGAUGAUAAAAAAUAUUUUCAAGCUGAAAUUUGAUGACAUGGCUGAGACGAUGAAAUUACAUCUCAGAAAUCGCAAGAAGACGGAACCGCUGCUAAGGGACAUUUUCCAGUGGCAUCAAAAAACCAUACUCAUAAUAGAGACCAUGCAGAAAGGCUUCUUCUGGGUGAUUUUUGUUCAAAUCUUCACCUCGAUGUUGAAUAUUAUUUUCACAAUUGUUUGCAUAUUUUUGGGCGUUUGGCCAGUGGCUCCAGUUUAUUUGUUGUAUUCGUUUGUGAUUCUCUACAUUUACUGUGGCAUUGGAAAUUUGGUGGAAAUUUCAACUGAUGAUAUAACAAGCAUCAUAUAUGAUUUCAUUUGGUAUGACCUCACGGUGUCGGAACAAAAAAUGAUACUCAUCAUGUUGAGGGAGUCACAAAGUCCACCGACAAUGACAAUUGGUGGUGUAAUGCCGUUGAGCAUGAAUACGGCUCUACAGCUGACAAAAUCGAUUUAUACGAUUGCAAUGCUUUUGAAUGAAUUUGUAAAUUAAUAUUCUCCUCGAAGGAUAUUAUUUCGAAGGAGGUUGAUGCAACCAAUUAACUAAUGAGAAAAACUUCAUUUGUUCUAUCUAUCUAAUUUGCAAUGAUUCUCAUACCACAUUUUCCCAUAUACUUCGAGAUAAAUGCAACAUGUACACAAGUAGAUAUUUUUCAACAUUUUCUUCCCUAAACAAAAAAGGACAACAAU